CAAAUUUCUUUCCCCUUUUCUCCGUCCACUCACUUCCGCCACCCUCUCAGAGGGAGGGAUAGAGCUUAUUGGUCUGGCCUCUUGCUUCAGCUGCUGUUGCCGCUGUCCCUGUUGCCGCCAUCACCAUGAUUCAGUUUUUGCUAGGAUUUACACUCGGCAAUGUGGUCGGGAUGUAUCUGGCUCAGAACUAUGAUAUUCCGAACUUGGCCAAAAAGCUUGAAGAGAUUAAAAAAGAUGUAGACGCCAAGAAGAAGCCUCCUAGCUCUUAAUGCCAGCAUGUAGUAAUGUCGUCUGGAUGCUUUCCUAUUCGAAACAAAAGCUCCCGUUCUUUCCUGCAGGACUGGAUGACUUUCUUCACCCUGAGAUACACUGAGAUGCCUUGAGCUAAAAUACACCUGUACCACCCAAACUACCCUUUAUUACCCCUCCCGGACUCCGCUGACCCCUGUUACCUGCGUGGGAGAUUCUGUUACUUCAGUCAUGGUGCUUGACUAGGAAAUGCUAGUUUUGAUUAGUGGUCUCUCCCCUUAUCUUUUAAAUUGUGGAUUUCUGGUAACUUUUAAGUUGCUGUUUUUAUGACUGAACAGAUGGCAGUAAUACGAAUUCUCUAAUUAUGUCUACCACACUGGAUGCUUUAUAAGCAUUUAGUGUCAAACAAUGUUGUUCCAAAUCAAUUAAAACCAUUAUAUAGCAAUUGAUUUCUGGUGACUUUCAUUUAUUUUAGGUCAUAGCACAGCAGUUUUAUAAUUAUUUGUGUAACCUGUUAAAUAAUGAGCAAGUAUUUUUUUUCCCAGACCUCUUAGUUGCUGAACAGUAUAUGCCCUGGGGGGGAAAAAGAAAUAACACAUUAAACUUGCUUUUGAGAUUA